UCGAAACGACAAUUCAGUAGAGAAAAGUUGGAAACAAAACAACAUUGGUCAUGUUUCUGCCUCACGAGUUGAUCAUCCAAAUCUUACUGAGGUUGCCGGUAAAGUCUCUUAUACGUUUCAAGUCUGUUUGUAAGUUAUGGUUUUCUCUUAUCUCUCGUGAUCCCAACUUUGCAAAAUCACAUUUUCAACUCACAGCCUCAAAACCCAAUCGUAGAAUUCUAUAUAUACCAGAUUCAAGUCAUGAAUCUCGAUCCAUCGAUAUUGAAGCAUCGCUUGACAAUGUCAAUGCAUCUGUUUCACUCAACCUUGAUUGUAUCUUUCCAGAGUCUUUUACCGAUAAUUUUGAAGUUAAAGGGUCAUGCAGAGGGUUCAUAUUUUUAUGCGAUUACUUGAAUAUGUAUGUCUGGAAUCCAUCCACUGGAGUUCACAAACAAAUACCUCCAUCUCCUUUUGGUUCCAAUGUAGAUGCUGAUUAUUAUUUCUAUGGUUUUGGGUAUGAUGAUUCGACCGAAGAUUACUUGGUUGUUUCAAUGUCUCAUCAUGAUUAUGACGAUCCUCCUUUACACUUGGAGUACUUCUCAUUGAAAUCUAAUACAUGGAAAGAAGUUGAGGGUCCUCACUUCCCUUAUACCUUUGACGAUGAGCCCAAAGGUGGGUCUCUCUAUAAGGGAGCUAUUCAUUGGUUGGCUUAUCGUAAUGACUUACUAUGUCAUGUUAUUGUUGCAUUUGAUUUAAAGGAAAGGAAACUUUCAUAUAUGCAUUUGCCACGUGGUUUUGACGGUAAUCGUGUGCAUUGUGGUGGUUUGUGGGUAUAUGAGGAAUUUCUCAGUGUAUAUACUAAGGAUAAUAGUAAUGAUACGGUUGAAAUAUGGGUGAUGAAAGAAUACAAAGUGAACUCCUCUUGGAUUAUGACUCUUGUUCUUCCGGUUGAUCUUGUCGUUUGCCCAAACGAAGACUUUUUUCCAUUGUGCUGUACAAAAAGUGGUGAUAUUAUUGGGACUGAUGAAGACGAUGGAUUGGUGAAGUAUGAUAGAAAUGGAAAUUUUCUAGAGCAACAUUCUUAUUAUAAUUACAAUCUUAGAUGCGGAGUGACUAUGUAUAUAGAGUCUCUGCUUUCACUCCCUGGUGACUGUGACAAGGAGCAAGCUUGAGAAGAUGACACGAACAAGAAAAAAGAGGUUGAUCCCAACCCAAAUGACUAUGUGUGUAUGUAUAGUCUUUGCAGUGAAGUGCUUAAGUAGAUGACAUAAACGAGAAGAAUCAGGUUCUGCUGAAUCAUAUGUUUAUUGGUAACAUUGACAGCUUUGUUUGUGUGAUUCACUGUUGUUUAUGUAUUUAGCUGGAUUCUGUUCUAAUAUAUGUUUUGAUUACUUUUUGAAAUUGUCUUAUAAGGUAAAUUAUUCCAAUGAGCUUAUGCAUGGUGAUCAAUAUCACAACUAUAUGACUUUGACUUAAAGCAAUUCAUUAAAAUUUUGAUCUAUGACUACAUAUGUAUUUGAAUGAAAUAGAAGGUUUUGUUCUCUAAAUUUGGUGGACCUUAAUGAGCUUAUACUGUCUUUACUGUUGUUGUAUCAAAAGUAGUUUAUGUACAUAUUUUAGAAAAAUGCCUUAAAGAAAACAACAAAGAGAGAUAACUAAUUGAUUGACUGAAUUAUACAAUGAUAACAAUGUUUUAUAUGCAUAUGCAUGCAAAUUUAAGAGCAUGGAGUAGACUGUAAGUAUUUGCUCCUGUUAGCAUAAUGUAGUGUUAAAAUGAUGAUAGCUAUUGCAAAUCAUAGAUGAAGAAAAUUAUGUCAACUAGACUGACUAUGAGCAUGUUUUAAUAGAUUUAUUUGAGUUUAUCCCAUGUCAUAAGUUUUGUGACGUUGUUUGAAAGAGUUUAUUAAAACAGCUUAUAUCAUUAUUCAUAAAUUUUCUUAGCUUAUUUUUAUUAGUUCUCAAAGAUAAUCUAUGAAAACAAUUUAUAGCGAAAAUAAAAAUAAUUUAAAUUUAUUUUAUCUUCUGUUAAAAUAAUAACUUAUGCAAACUUUUUAUAAGUGCUUAUUUGGAUAAGCACUUGUGCUAUAAGCUCCGAAUAAAUUGUUUAUCCAAAUAGGUAUAUAAUCUUUAUUAUAAAUAUUUCUGCUUCACUAUCCUAUAAGAGAUGACAAAGUGUUGUUGGGGUAAUGUUUCUACGAAAUGCACCGGUACAAACAAUAACAUGAACAUGCUUAUUUCCAUUGGGUAGUGGAGAGUAUUGGCUCAUUUGUAAGAACAAUCAAUGGCUCAUGAUUUAUCAGCCAUUAUAGAUUUUGUUUUUUUGAACUGAAAUAUAGUGAAGCAUGAGAAGGUAGUCUGUUAGGAAUAAGGAAUUGUAAAGCUCAAAUAUACUAAAUAAAGUGAGAUUGUAGUAUUCAAACGGAAAUCAAAGGGUUUACAAAACAGGAUAAACUCAAACUUUCUCAGGGCUGAGCCCCUAUAGAGAGUAGUAAGUAGUAACUCUACGUUCUUACUCAAACGGAAUAUUCUCCAAAAUGCUUUCUUCCUUACCCACCCCACACUAUAAGAAAAGAAGCUAAUUAAAAUAUGUUAUUGAACUCUCACUACCGACGAAAACUGUCAGCUCAACAUUCUUAGAACCUUCCAACUAUUUGUACCCCUCUUGCUUCUGCGAGUAUAGACCUUCCAGGUAAUUGGCUAAUUAGUUAGCCCACUAUCAUUGACCAGGGCCCAACAAUACCCUCUCCUUGAAUUUCAACCUUGUUUCCAAUGUGGAAAUUCUCAAAGUGAUAGCAUCUUUCAAAGUAGCUUCCUUAGGUCCUUCCCCCCUCCAAUGAAUCAAAAUCUGAGUCACCUCUCCUGCUUCUUGUCUCACAGUUCUCGUUGCCAACACUUCACCAGGUCCAACACUUUCGGUAAAAUCACCCUCUAGGCCCUCGUGUAACUUUUCUUCAACCUAGUAGUUACCAAUUGUUUUCUUCAACAAAGAAACAUGAAAUACAGGAUGCAACAUUGCUCCCUCUGGUAAUUGUAGUUUAUAAGCUAGCCUUCAAAUCCUUUCUAGCACUUUAUAGGGGCCAUAGUAACAUGCCACAAGCUUAGCACUGAUACGCACCACUACUGUUCUUUGACGAUGAGGUCGAAGCUUGAGGAAAACCCAAUUUCCCACUUCAAAGGUUCGCUCGAUACGAUAAGCAUCACCUUGUGUCUUUAUACGAUUUUGUGACUUAUGCAAUUGCAAUUUCAAUUUCAAUUGCUGCAAGGCUUCAUCUCUCUCGAUCAGUUCCAUCUGAAUUGCAGCAACUUUAGUUACUCCCCUCAUUAACCUAGCAAUCACUGGUGGCUUCCUCCCAUAAACUACGUUAAAUGGGGGUUUUCUGGUUAAUGCAUGAUAUGUGGUGUUAAACCAAUACUCUACCCACGACUGCCAAAUGGACCACAACUUAGGCUGAUUUGCAAUAAAACAUCCCAUAUAGGUCUCAACAUAUGGAUUCACCACUUCGGUUUGAACAUUCGAUUUCAGGUGAUAGGCGGAACUCAUAUUGAGUUGUGUGCCUUGUAAGCGGAAAAGCUCACGAUAGAAAUUGCAUGCUAGAUUUAGAAGCUUCCAUUAAUGUUAUGCCUAUUUCUGUUUAUAACAAUCUUGAUCUUGGCCAUUUACAAAAUACAUGUUUAACCAUUCAACUACCGAACAUAAGCAAUCCCCGCCCUACCAGAGUAGUAGAAGAUGUACUUGUUCAAGUUAAUGACUUGAUUUUUCCUACAGAUUUUUACAUUCUGGAGAUGGAAGGAGAAACUAAAUCAAGCAGGGAACCCAUCAAUUUAAGCAGACCAUUCUGUUAGAACAAAAUUUGUUCUGAUCAAUAUUCUUAGUUUUGAUGAUAACAAUGUAUAUGAAUUUUGUAUGAGAUAAUGUGGUACUCUAAUACUACGCAAUUUCCAUUUCAGGAAUUACAUAAAGAGUAUGCACAAAAUCAGCGCAAGAAGCACUGACUCAGAAGGUUCAGCAUGCAACAUCAGAACAUGGUCUGGCAAGACAUCAGAAGAUGGUCAAGCAGAAUCAGAACAUGGUCUAUGGAAGCAUUAGAAGAACUUGAGAUCAGAAGCAGAAGCACUGAAGUUCUCAUGGUAUCACGCUAAUAAGCACUUCAAGGUCAGAAGACAAGAAGAUGCUCUGCACCAAGCUGUUUGACUCUGAUGAUAUUCAAACGUUGUUUAUACAAACAUCAGAUCAGAAGCAAGUACAGGAUGGCAGACUACGCUGACUGACAAAAGGAACGUUAGAACCUAUUAAAGGAUACGUCAAUAGACACAGCGAUAGCAAGGCUCGAGGUAGUUGACAAAAGAGUGAAACAUUAAAUGCAAUGUUGUACGGAUUAUGCAAAGCAUUAAAUGCUCCCAACGGUGAUCUUCUCAAACGCCUAUAUAUUGAAGUUCUGAUGAGAAGCUGAAUAUAACACUUGCGCAAAUAUACAGAAACACUAUCAAAUUCAAAAGCUCUCAAAAACUUCAUCUUCAACCUCACUACAUUACUGUUGUAAUAUAUUAGUGAGAUUAAGCUUAAACUUAAGAGAAAAUCACAAUUGUGAUAAUAGCUUUAUAAGAAGCAUUGUAACUCUUAAACGAAUUUGUUUACAUUAAGUUGUAAGAACUAGAGUGAUCAGGUUGUUGAUCAGUAUACUCUAGAAAGUCUUCGAGGUUAUCUAAGCAGUUUGUUCCUAGAGUGAUCAGGUUGUGAUCAGUAUACUCUAGAAGACUUAGAAGUUGUUUAAGUGGAAAACCAUUGUAAUCUCGUGUGAUUAGUGGAUUAAAUCCUCAGGUGAGGUAAAUCACUCUAAGGGGGUGGACUGAAGUAGUUUAGUUAACAACGAACUAGGAUAAAAAUCAUUGUACAAAUUGUUUUUAUCUUACAAGUUUUAAAGCUACACUUAUUCAAACCCCCCCUUUCUAAGUGUUUUUCUAUCCUUCACAUUCAUGAAAAUUGCAAAAACUAAAAUUGAUGUUGAUGAUGGAACAAUGUCCAUGGAAUUUAGUGAUAUUAUUGCAAAAUUUAACAUUUAUGAUGCUAUGAAACAUCCAAUGUAAGAUCAUUCUAUUUUUAUCAUUGACUUGCUUUAUGAAUUAGUUGAUGAUACUUAUUCUAAGUUGUUUUCAUCUGAUUUUUCAUCAUUGUCUAAUUUUGAUGAUACUUACAUUUGCGAUGUAUGUACUAACACUAACCUUUGUUUUGUUUGUUCUGAGAUUGACGCUGCUUUAUAGGUUGAUAUUUUCCCUUAAAAUGAAGUUGUAGAUUAAAAUGUUUACUCAGCUGAAGCUCUCAACAUCCCGGCUGCCUGAAACACACCAUUCAUUGAAUAACCACCUUUCUUAGAGCUUAAUUUACUUCCUAACAAUUUGAAAUAUACAUUUUUUGGAGAGGAAUGAAAAGCUACAUGUGAUGAUCUCAUCCAAACUUGAAUUUGAUUAGGAAGAUCUACAGGUAUUGAAGAAGCAUUACAAGGCAAUUAGAUGGAUCUUUACUAACAUUUUUGGUAUUAGCCUGAUCAUGUGUAUGCAUAGGAUUUUACUUGAAGACGGAGCUAAAGCCGUGAGGCAGCUUAACCCCUUGAUUCUUGAUGUUGUGAAGAAUGAGGUAACCAAACUCUGACAAUAAUUGGGUAAGUCUAGUGCAAGUUGUACCUAGGAAAUCUGAUCUUAGAGUCGUAAAAAGUGAAAAAAA